CUACAGUGUCUGAAAUAUGAAGACACAAGUCACUCACACAAAGGGGUGGAGGGAUCUGGGAAAAAUAAAAGUACUUUAAUUUAAAUUUUAUUUAAAUAUAUUAUUCUAUUCUCAGUUAAAUAUGGCUCUACUUGGGCAGAUCACGUGCAACAAAUAUGACAAAAUUUGCUCCUUUUAUUACAUAAUGUAGGAAAUUAAAAUAUUUCGCAACAAAAAACAUUAGCUGUACAUGUCAAAACAGGUAAACACAAUCCUGCUGCAGUUACUAACUGUUAUUAGUAACUUCACCUCUAUUCUUUUCUUGCACAAUGAGGAAACAUGUGCAUGGACAUAAACCCCAUGCAUGUGGGUGCACAACUAUGAACACCUUAAUGAAAUACCACACCGCUAUGUGACAUAAAAAUACAUUAUUUUAUGGGACAGAUCAGAUUUAUGAGGAGAAAUGUCUAUCAAUCACUUUCUGCUGAAUUCCCCUGAGGUCUGCAUUCUGUAGCCUGAGCUGUAAAAUAUUUAAUCUCUUUAAAUAGUUUAAGUUUAAGUAGUUCGGUGAUUAAAAAGUGAAAUCCGUCUGUUUUUUGUGCGUCUCUGUCUAGGUACCCCUAAACUUGCCCUGUUAAUCUUCAUAUAAAUCUGAUCCAGACAUGCAUGAGUAAUUUCUUUAAAUGUUUUAUCCCUAAAAAUCCUGCAUUCUUUACAGCUACACGUCACUAACCAGCAAUCACAACAUUGGCAAUAAGUUUUGGUAUCUGCAUUGCAUUUCCCAAAAAGGAAAUUGGCCCAGCUCAGAUUGUUUUCCUUCAUAUUCUUCUGUUUUUUGUUGUUGUUGUAAAUCAGUAUUAAACCAGCCUAAUACUAGAAUAAUAACCCUCAUUAAACAAAACACUGACAUAGGAAUAGGACAGUAUAUCACAGUAGAACAAAACAAAAUGGUGCCAUAGUUAAGUUAUAACACUGUCUGUCCUCGUGGUUCUGUUUUGGGGUUGAAAACAUCAGAUUUCUCUCUCUGUGUUCCGGUGGGAGGGUGGAGUUAACAGCCUCUGUUUCCUAACCCACCACCGGACAUUCCGCCCUGCUGCCCCCGGUGACAAGGCUUUCCUCUGCCGGACUCUGUGUCUGGAGGACCGUCUUAAAGGGAAAACUAGGAAGAAGAAGAAGAAGAAUACACCGACGUGGACCCGGUGAAAAGCUGAGACACGCUCUCGCCACGUUUCCGAUAUUUGUCUUUGGGUGAACUCAGCAGCUGUUGCGUGUUUUCAGCACGGUUACCGUCAGGUUUGACUCACACACACACACACACACACUCAUCCUCCCACACAGCCGCCUGCUCCGGUCCACCGGGCCCCGCGGCUGCAGGAGUGGAACCGACGCCGACGCAGCUGGAUUCCUCCCCGGCCCCGUGUCAGGUGGAAGGUGUGGCUCUGGGCGUGGACGUGGACGCGCUGUUAGAUCCUCACCUGAGUGCGUGUGCGUGUGAGUGUGUGUGUGAGUGUGUGUAACCUGAGAGUACAGGUAUAGUGUUCAGGCGGGUUGUUCGAGUCUUUCCACACCGGAGGGGUCCGUUUACGCGUCAUGGAGCGCAAUGAGCCAUCGCACCUUCUCUGGGUUUGACCCUUCGGACCGACGCGUGGACACGGGGUCAGAGCGGGUUUGUUACGUCAUUAACCAUCCACUGACUGGUGGACACGUCGUGCGUCAUGGCGCUGUCUCAGAUCCAAUGUCUGGACAACCACCACGUCAACUCACGCGUAAGCGAGGGCAAACCGGAGUUCUUCUACAGCGAGGACCAGAGGCUGGCCAUCGAGGUCCUGGUCACCAAGGGCCGCGACGCAUUCAGGGACUACGUCCGAGAGAAAAGCGUGCGGGACUUCCUCUCGGAACCGGAGCAGGAGCGGAUUGCGCGCACGGCGGAGGCCUACCGACCCGGACACGAGCACCAUGUGAGAGAGACCCCCGGGCUGGGGAACAUCACCCCGGGGUCCGGGGACUUUGGGGGAGACGGAGAGGUGUCGCUGCAGUACUGGCCAGACCGGUCGGAGGCCUCGGUGGCGGAGCUGGACCUCGGGUGGCCUGAAGCCAUCUCCUACCGAGGGGUCACCCGUGUGACCGUGUACACCCAGCCUCCAGCCGAGGGGAACACGCACAUCAAGGAGGUGGUGCGCAAGACCAUCACAUCAGCACAAAGGGUAAUAGCCGUGGUGAUGGAUGUGUUUACAGACGUGGAUAUCUUUCGUGACCUGCUGGACGCAUCCUACAAACGCAAAGUUCCUGUAUACAUCAUCAUUGACAUGGCCUCAGUUCCCUGCUUUCUUUCCAUGUGUGGCAGAGCUGAUAUGCACCGUGGACACCUAAAGAAUCUGCGUGUACGCUGCUGUGGAGGUGUGGAGUUCUUCACACGGUCGGCACAGAAGGUGCGUGGAGCAUUGAGCCAGAAGUUUCUCAUGGUAGAUGGAGACAGAGCCAUCUCUGGUUCAUACAGCUUCACCUGGUCCUCAUCUCGUUUGGACCGUAACCUCAUCACUCUGAUCACAGGACAGGCGGUGGAGACCUUUGACCUUCAGUUUUGCGACCUUUACCUCGUGUCCAGAGGUGUGUCUCUGAACAAGGUCCCCAUGGCCGACGAACCAAUCCCCGACUUUAUCCUUCACUCAGCUCCUGCUCCGGUGUCAGCUGCUGUUGCCAGGAAGCUCAUCAAUCCAAAAUACGCCCUUGUUGCAGCGGGAAACCAAACAAGUCCCACUUCUUCUGACCAAAAUUCCAGCCAAAGGAACUCCCAGAAUCAUCCCAAUGGGCUUAAGAUUAUGAAAAAACGUCUCAGACAUGUCAUUGAGGAGCCACCCUUACAUCCGGGGUUAGCCCAUCUGGAGAAAGCAUACCUGAUCCCGUACCUGCCCACCUGGCCGGAGCCAGACCCACCAAGCGACGUGAUCGGCUUUAUCAACAUUAGGGACGAAAAGCGAGCCAAUCAGGUUCACUUACAGAGGUCGGAGAGGUUUGAGACCAGCCAGGCUAUACGCUUCAGCUCACCACUGGCGCUUCAACCACAGACUGAGGAACCUGCUUCAGGUAAGGCUGCAAAUGCCACACAAGCAGCAGAAGAUCCUUCCGGGAAGAAAAAUGCAGACGUCUCUACUCCUGUGAGUCCAACCAACAAACAACCCGAAGAGAAAACGCUCACAGCUCUGAAUACAGACAAAACUGAUGCAACAGACUCCAGUGGGCCCCCUCAGCAGAUUAACACACCUUUAACAAAAGACACACACAAACCUAAUGCACCAUCACCGUUGGAUGUUACUGCUGAUUCAAAGUCUACAGACAAUGAAAAACAAACCCCAGAGACUCAAAUUGUAGCGCCUCCUAUUCCUAAACGCCGCACUCUGCAGUUAGUCAUAGACCCCAACCUCUCAGAGCUGCCAGGCCAACCACAGGUCUCUUUGAUGAAAAUGGACCAGUCGGAAAGUCUCGAUGGACUCGACAAAACGGUAACCUGUGAGGAGCUGACGCUGGUCCGUAGCCGCAUAACAUCUAAGGACGACGGCAGGGACUCUGGCAGCACGGGGGAGGGCAGCCAAGACAGCACCAAGGUCAUGUGUGACCGCGCCGUCAUCGAUGGUCCGUCAAGCAUCUCCACGGCUUCAGAGGAGGAGUUUUAUGAAUGUUCCCAGCUGGAGCAGAGAGACCCGUUGAUCAACGGAGCGACGACAGGGUCAGGGCGCGGGCAUCGCCAAGGAGACGGGGUCAACAUGAUGGCCCGCCUCUCUCAGAGCAUGCUGGAUCUGCGGGAGCCAACCCAGUCAGAAGACAGCAAUGCCCUCAUCCGCCAAUCACAGCAGCUCCGCAGACAUGGACACCAGUCCCCACAUAGGCACAUAGGACAGUUGUUCCAGAACUCCAAAUCUCCAGUUCGUGAUGGGCAACACAGAGGACCUAAAGUAAUCAUCGCCAAACCAGGAAGUUUUCACCGCCCCACCCGAGCUGCCGCCCCGGUGAUUGGAGGACAUCGUUACUGGCAGGGUCAGAUGCAGUCAGAUUCGGGCCAGCUGCGCGUAGAUACACGCUCCAGCCGGUCGCCAAGACGCCACAGCCCGGGUUACAGGAAGACGGGCGGCACCUCGGCACAGCCGGAAGCCAACACAUCAGGGUUACUGGGAGUAUCUUUCUCAAAACUGAGCAAUUUGAGACACUUAAGGGCCCGAGGCGGAGCAUCGCAGAAGAAAGCGUCUCAAAAUAACAAGGCUGAUAGGUAGAACUGUGGGCCAGCAAAGGCACAUGAGGACGGUUGUUGAUGCAGAAUUUCCUUUUAAGAAAGUGGUGACUCUUCAGUGUUGAAUUUUCUCUAUGUCUGGAAUGCGUGUCAUUUCCUGUUUUCAAACCCUGAGGCUCAACAUACAAGAAGUAUUUAAUUGGGAUCUUUUUGACGAUAUCAACAAGGGUUGGCAGUUUGAUUUAAUAUGUUUUAAGAGGUAUUGUCUGUCAAUUAAUCACAUCACCUUCAAAAUCAAUGCUUCAAUGCUAAAGGCUAAAGACUGGAUGGUUUCACUAGUGUCUGGAGGAGGAUGAAUUUUAGAGGCAGAUACUGAUACCUGGGAGGAAAUAAACUCACACCUUUUAGCAUGGACCCCUCAACAGUUCUUUUAGAGGCAGUGUAUUUUGCAAAAGAUAACCAGUCAGCGUUUAGUGAGAUCUCCUCUGCCAACUCAGGCACUUCAAAUUCUGUUAACAAUCCUUUGAACAAAUAUUUCUAAGUUACUUCAACUGCUUUUCUAUGUCAGAUUUUUUUUUUUACUGUAAAUAUUAUUUUUCCUACACAGAUGCGGUGUAUCUGCGAUAUGUCUCCCCUCUGAUAUAAGAGUCAGGAUCUGGUGUUGAUACAACUGUGAUUGGUUACUGAUGGUGUUAGUGUAGGGUUAAUGUGUUGAUAACUGGUAUAUAUGCAAAUUUAAACACUGAUGUUGGACCUAAAGUGAAUGUUGUAAAUAAAAAGAAAAAAUUGU